GAGGGAGCGAGGGGGGUGGGAGUCAGGAGCUGGGGGUGUUUGUAGGGAGCACGCUCACUCACACACACACACACACACACACGCACACACACAGAGGCACAGAGAGUGGAGAGGUGCAGAGGAGAAGCUCAAGGAAGAAGGUGGCAAGCCGACAGACGGUCGGAGGAGUGGGCUGGAGGGAAAGGACAAGCAGGAAGCGGGAGGAGGGACAGGCUGCAGCUGUGAGAUGUCACUCCAGGCUCCUGGAUGCAGUCCCUGUGGAGGACAGAAGGAUUUCAUUCGCAGAUGAAGAUGGCAGGAGACUCUCAAGUCCACAUGGACCACGAUAUGGAAAUAGGAGUGACACCAAUGGAGGUCAAGAAGCUUCCCAAGCAUCUUAGAGAGGCUCCUAUCGCUACUGAUCGCACGCACCUGAUUGCGGAACCAGUGAAAAAGCCUAGACAACGGUAUGUCCAGAAGGAUGGAAAGUGCAAUGUUCACCAUGGCAAUGUCCAGGAGACCUACCGUUACCUUAGUGACCUCUUCACCACACUGGUGGACCUCAAGUGGCGCUUCAGUUUCUUUAUAUUCACCUUAGUCUACGUGGUCAACUGGCUGUUUUUUGGCCUUUUAUGGUGGCUCAUUGCACUCAUCCGGGGUGAUUUGGUGCAUGCUGAUGAGGAGGGCUGGACUCCCUGCGUGGAAAACCUCAACAGCUUUGUUUCAGCUUUUCUUUUCUCCAUUGAAACGGAGACAACCAUCGGCUAUGGCUAUCGAGUUAUCACUGAGAAGUGCCCCGAGGGUAUCGUCUUGCUGCUCUUCCAGGCCAUCCUGGGCUCCAUCGUCAAUGCAAUGAUGGUGGGCUGUAUGUUUGUCAAGAUCUCGCAGCCCAAGAACCGGGCUGAGACACUCAUGUUCUCCCACAAGGCCGUCAUCUCUGUCAGGGACAGCAAGCUCUGUCUCAUGUUCAGGGUUGGGGACCUGCGCAACUCUCACAUUGUGGAGGCUUCUAUCCGUGCAAAGCUCAUCCGCUCACAGCAAACCAAGGAGGGAGAGUUCAUCCCACUCAACCAGACAGACAUCAACAUUGGGUUCGACACAGGUGACGACCGCCUCUUCCUGGUAUCGCCGCUCAUCAUCUCCCAUGAGAUCAAUGAGAAGAGUCCCUUCUGGGAGCUGUCCCAGGCUCAGAUGGAAAAGGAAGAGUUUGAGAUUGUUGUCAUCCUGGAAGGCAUGGUGGAGGCCACAGGAAUGACAUGCCAGGCUCGUAGCUCCUACCUGGACACAGAGGUGUUGUGGGGCUACCGUUUCACCCCAGUGCUCUCCUUGGAGAAGGGCUUCUAUGAGGUGGACUACAACAACUUCCAUGAAGUCUACGAGACCAACACACCAUCCUGCAGUGCCAAGGAGUUGGCAGCUGCUACUGCUCGGGAAAGCCAGCUACUCCACCACUUCCCCCUCCUUUCGCCAGAGCCCAAGCCCUUCUGCAACAGCCCUCUGGCUGUCCUGGACCCCCUUUUUCAGGAGGAGAAGGCAGAAGAAGGGGAGAAAGGAGAAACCAAUGGCUCUGCCACAGCACUGGAGGAGCAGCCCUAA